AUGAAAGAUAAUUCCAGCCGUGCAACAGGUCGAAACGAACCACGUAUUCACCACGUACGACCAAUCGGUUCAGAAAAAUACUCUGACCCCACGCAGAAGAAUUAUCGUUCCAGAUACCACUACAAUUGGAAUCAUUCUCAUUUGCAGAGUGUGGAAGAAAGCGAUGAAAAACCCGAAGAAACCGACAAGUGUGAUUCUAACUACCCAACAGGAAACGCUAAUGGAUUUUGUUACGGUCAACCAAUGCAUGCUCCCACUUCUCGGAAUUUUGCCAACGAUUUCCUCCAAGUUACCAAAAGGGAAAAAUUAACUGGUGUUCAUUAUCAAAUCAGUAACCCUUCUCAUGAUCGCAACAUUAAAGAACCGAAAGAUCUUUCAAGGUCUCGUGGGAGAGUCAAAAGUACCGAUGUAUGUAAGAAACAAAAGAGCUACGUUCCCUGUCUAACUCGAUCCGCCAUCUUAAAACAGUUCGAACUAGGGAGUUUAGAUAAAGCUAGUUCCUAUACUUUCCAGCAGCAUCCGAUAGACACUUCGUUUCCUGCUAGCCUUGGAGAAAGUUCCUCUGUGAAUGAAGUAAAACAUUUUCAAAACCGUGAACUUGGAUUUGGGGACAGCCCAGAAAACAGUAUCUUCACUAUCAGGGGUCAAAAGACGGUCACUGACUCUUCUGUUCGUUUGAAAGACAAAACUGGGAUCGUUGAAACGGGAGAAACUAAGUUGAUGGACCCUUGUCGCAACGUCGAAACGGUGGAAAGAGAGUCAGAAAGUAUCCCGACUACUUCGCCAUCUAUCGAGAAGAAGAGAAAACGAAGACAGUGCACCUCUGAAUUUUUCUCUUUGAUAUUCUUUGUGAACUUCGUAGUUCUGUCUUCGUUAGCGCCCUGGCUUUCAAUCCCUUCGUAUGUGGUGGCGAAUAAAGAUCAAGAUUUAUUCAAACUUAUUAUGUUCGGAUGUACACUCACCUCUUUUGUGUUCCUCUUUAUUGGCUGCAUUUUAGGUAACUUUUACUGGUAUAUUGACGAGAAAACCGGCAGGUGGCGCGUUAUGCUGCAUUGUGGAAAAGGUCCAAAACCAUACUACUGGGGGUGGAUAUUUUCUUGGGGAAGAAGUGAGUCUGACAAAAAUCAUUCUCAGCGAAUAGAAACUGUAUGACCCACUAGUCUGAUCACCGGGGAUCAAAUAAACACAAAACUGUUAAAACUAAUACAUU